GCUAUAGAGCGGAGAAAAGAUUUGGACAAUUGGGUCUCACGCCUCCAGUACAAUAACCCCAUGCUUAGUCUGAAGCUUGGGCGCCGCUGCAAUGGCGUCCGCCGGGAGCUGUUCUUCCCUUUCUUCAAGUUUCUCUACUCCACUAAUAGUACUACUACCGGAGCAGAAACUGCACCCUCGUUCGUGACGGAGUUCCUCACCAACUCACUCGGAUUCUCCAGAGAAGAAUCCACCUCCAUAUCCGCCAAGGUAACCCGCUACUCAUCCACGACCCGGCCCGUUCUAGUCCUAGAUAGUCUGCGAAAUAUCGGCCUCGAUUCGACCCAGAUAAGGAACUGCGUCUCCAAAUACCCCAGAUUGCUGUACUUCGACGCCGACAAAAACCUAAUCCCCAAACUCGAAUGUCUCAGGGAACUAGGGUUUUCCGAUUCGGAUAUCGCCGAUAUCCUCACGAAGGGUCCGGACAUUCUUGGGAGGGGAUUAGAUUCGAUCAUCAAGCCCAGUAUAGCUUCCCUCAGGCUUUUAUUUGGUAGCGAUGAGGAUUUGCGCAAGACAAUAAAGUCUUACCCUUGGAUUCUUGUUGCCAAUCAGGCUAUGCUGGAAAUUGUUUCCUAUUUUAAGGAGAUUGGCCUUUCAAAUAAGCAGAUUAGGUGGUUUCUAGCUAGCAAGCCGGACUCUUUGAACUUUCAACGCAAAUGGUUUGAGGAGAAGGUGAGCAUACUGGAGAACGAUUUCGGCAUUGUUCGCGGCUCAUCCUUGUUCGUCUAUGGAGUAUAUGCAAUGGCCAGAUUGAGUAAGCUGUCAAUUGACAAAAAAUGUGCAAUCUUUAGGAGUUUCGGAUGGUCUGAUUCAGAAAUUAUCGCUAUGUUUCAGCAUCAACCCUGUUAUUUUGCCCUCUCAGAGGGUAACAUUCAAAAGAAGCUGGACUAUUUCAUGAACACGCUUGGGUGGAAACCGGAUUACAUGUCCACUCGGCCCGUUCUGUCUUAUAGUCUGGAGAAGAGAGUGAUGCCGAGGGUUGAUGUAUUUAACGCUUUGAAGGAGAAGAAUCUGGGUAUCACCAUGCCCUCUCUUUACGUCAUCAUAGUCUGCUCAGAGUCAAAGUUUGUGAAGACAUUGCUGCUUCCCUAUAAAGAUGUGUUGCCAGGCAUGUAUGAGUCGUACAAGAAAAUAGUGGGUCGUUAAGUGCAUUUGGUGACUAUCUCCUUGCCAAUGAGAGGAAAUCAAAUUGAGAAGUGAGGAGUAUAUAUCUCAUGGCGAAUGACAAUGACAACCGACCUCACGAGGGAGAUGAGAAUGACGGGCGCCCCGCAGACAACAAGGAUGUCAAGUCCUCUCGUGCCGGAGAACCUCACGAA